AUGGCGGGGGGAUCCUCACCCUGGAAGAUCAUGGGGCAGCAGUCUAGCGCUUUUCUCCGUCGCCAAACGACCCAGGAAUCACCCGCCGGCGGCGGAAUCCCUAGUGCGGAAGCUGUGCUGUUGAGCCUGGAGAAGGUUCUUGCUGAUCUGGAAGCGCAUGGGAGAGAGCUGACCAAGGUGGUCACCGGGAGCUUGGAGGAUGAACAGUCGUUUCAUAGGAUCGAAUGCAACGGAUUUCUCCAAGGGUUUCUCCUGGACCAAAUCGCGCCAUUGCGCCACCGGUUGUCGUCUGAGAAGAAGAUUCAGGGUCAUCUCAGGUGGAGGGCCAAUGAGAAGAGCAAUCGCACCUACAGACUGGAGUCUGAUGGUGGUGGUCAUGCUCAUGGGUCUGAAUUCAGAUCGCAGAGGGAGGCAGAGUCGGUGAUGUUCAUGGGUUUGGAAACCAUUCCCAAUGGGGACAGGACGGUCGAAUCAGACAAGUCAAUGCUCCAACCUGCAUAUCCCAGCACCAACAUAUUGGAUUGCGGCGGCGGCGAUGAAAAGGAUGAGAUGGACAUGCGCAAAUCAGACGCAUAUUGGACUAUGAAAUCGAACAAGUUGAUGCUCAAGCCUGCAGGCACAAUUGGCAGAUGCUUUGUCCAAGGCUGUCCUGAUCAUGACGAGAUGGACACACUAUUGGCUAAGGAGAUGUUUACGCACAACACGCCCGGACUCAACAGCGGUCCUGGGUCUGCCACGCGAACAUUGCAGAUCUUCUCCAUCAAGCUCGCAGAAAUAGCCGGUGGCCUCAAGUGGCCAUUGUCUGUGUAUGGCGUGGUUGCUGCCCGAGACGUCGCGGAUCACAACCGCAACCUUCUCUUCUCUCGUAAUAGGAGCCAGGCCCAAGAACUGAAAGAAGAUGAUAGAAUUUUGCGCUUGAUUGGCCCGUCCCGUGCAAUUGCGUUUACGGAUAGAGUUGACUUUGAAAUCCAACUAAAAGUAAAAGGCACGGGUACGGCCAAGUCACAAGAUAAAGCAUUGAUCAGCUCUGCAGACUGUUACGACGGCGGAUAUGGACCUGCCGUGUCAACCUUUUCUGUCAGUAACUGUUUCUGCACACUGGAGUUUUGUGUGCAGACAGUUACACGAACCUUUCAGGCCACUGUCCUGGAUGUCCAGGUUGUCAAAGAUGAUGGGUCAUGGCCUUUUCAAUACGGUGGCCGAUUUGCCUGCUCUCCACUGUCGGGGGAGUUCGUUUUUGCUGAUAGCGGAGUCACUCGCACUAUCAACCCCUCAUCUAGCCAAAUUGUGCUGCUUGAUUCAAAAGAUGGAGCAUGGCUGAAAAAACGUUGUGGUGGUUACCUACAUAUGUGGAGGCAAGUUGUUUCAGUAGAAAUGGAAGGACGGUUGGACGUUGCCAUAGAAGCCUACUCCAAAUCUGGCGAUAUCGCUUCACAAGGCCAGGUCCAUUUCAUACCCAAAUCUUGCGGCAUGAGCCAUGGUAAAUGUGCUCUUGGUGGCUCCGAGGUAUCAAUUACUGUUGCUUGGUCCCUUGUUGCUACGGACAAGGGGACGAUCGCAGCACAGGGAAAUUUGUUUGAAUGUUGA